CAGCCCACUGCUAUCUUUCAUAUAUAUACACAGCAUACACUUCUUUCGUAGGGUUAGGGUUUUAUUCAGCAGCAGCUCCAGCUCCUCCCCCUCCUUAGCUUUCAAAACCCUCCUCGCCGUCGAACAACUUAUCUCAGCAACCAUGGGUAAGACACGUGGUAUGGGAGCUGGUCGCAAGCUUAAGUCCCACCGCCGAAGGCAGAGGUGGGCUGACAAAUCUUACAAGAAGUCUAACCUUGGCAAUGAGUGGAAAAAACCGUUUGCUGGAUCAUCUCAUGCCAAAGGCAUUGUUCUUGAGAAGAUAGGUAUUGAGGCCAAGCAGCCUAACUCUGCUAUUAGAAAGUGUGCUAGGGUUCAACUAAUCAAAAAUGGGAAGAAGAUUGCUGCUUUUGUUCCAAAUGAUGGUUGCUUAAACUAUAUUGAAGAAAAUGAUGAGGUGUUGAUUGCUGGAUUUGGACGUAAAGGUCAUGCUGUUGGUGAUAUUCCUGGUGUUAGAUUCAAGGUUGUGAAGGUUUCUGGAGUCUCACUUCUUGCACUUUUCAAAGAGAAGAAGGAGAAGCCAAGGUCUUAAGUUGUCAGUGGAGAGAUUGCCGUUUUGUAAUGCUUAUUGUUAGUCUUAUUAAAAAAUGGGAAUGGCUCUAGUUUGUUAUUGAGUGGAUUUCGCGAACACUGUUUAAUCUGCCUUUCAGUUAUUGUAUUCAAUUUCUGGUUUCAGUUUUCA